UUUAACAGUAUUAGCAUAUCUGAAUACACAACUGUCAACAUCGUGUGACGAUUGACCAGAAGCUCAACUGGUCCAGUCAUUCAAAUUCACUUAAUCCAAGAGGAGGUCAGAGACUGAGGAUUCCAUGGCAAGUAACAUCUCCCGACUCCCUAUCUCCAAGGAACAUGUCAAAUGUGAUAGAAGACUAUCCAUCUGCUCAGAUGAGUGCCAAUUUAAUAACUCUUGAGACUUUUUUUAACACACAUUUCAGGACAAAGCAUUCUGCCUGAUCAGCACACUAUAAACCACAUUAAAGCAUUUCUACCACCAGUGUUCCAGGAUAGCAGUGAGUCCCAUGUACAAGGUGCAUGACAGCAACUUGCCAAAUCUCCUUUGACAGCACCAUCUGAGCCCACAAUCUAUACCAGUACAAGAAUAGCAAAUGCAUGGAAAAACAUCCUGACUUAGGAUUGUAGCUUAUUUUUUCACUGUGGCUGGUCAAAAUCCUACAUGAUUCCCAUCGUUUUCUGAGAGACCUUAGAAAUGAGCAAUCUGUGCCAACCUGCUGCAAUGCUCAAACCCACGAAUUAAUUAAAGCACUUGAUGCUUUAUUUCUGAUCUUUGUCUUCUGUACUUGUAAGCGCUUUAAGAGCAUAUGUAAAGCUGGUGUGUCUUGCCAUUAGGGUUUUUCUGUAUGAAUAGCUUUUGAGGCCUUUAAAGAGUCAAUUGCGCUUUGUCCAAUAGGUUUCCUUUUUCAAUCGCGUCCAAUCCGCCUUGAACUUCUUUGUAUGUACAGUUUGUAAUUCGUACAUGCAUGUGUGCGGUGGGGUAUUGUACGCUGUUUCUUUGGUUAGUGUUUAACCUUAAUCGAUAAACAAAAUAGUAAUUUGAUCCUUGUGUUGAAUAUGUCAGAUAUUGGGGAGCACCAAGAUCCAUCACAUUUAACUAAAAGCAGACUGAAGAGUGAAUUAAUUGCUCAUGACGUGCGUUUACCACAGAGGGAGCAGAAGAAAGAGGUUUAUGUGCAGCUCUAUUUAAAACACAUUACUUCUAAGAAUAAGUCAGAAUUAAGAGCGGAUUUUUCCACCGACGAGGAGGAUUCUUCAGAAGUUAAAAGCACCGUAUUUAUCCAUUUGCUUUCGAGACAUACUAUUGAAUCUUCGGACAACACAUUCCAACUACCAACCAUUCUUCACUGGAGAUAAGGGCAGCAGAUGCUUGUGAAGAACAAUAUCUGCAAGUUACCUCUGUGAUUUGGCGGUAUUGUCAAUCCUUCACUGUCAUUGGGUCAAAAUCCUGGAAUUCCCUUCCUAACAGCACUGUCUGUAUACCCUCCAAGAUAUGGACUUCAGCAGUUCAAGGCGGGCAGCUGGAAACCACAUUCUUAAGGACAAUUGGGAAUGGGCAAUGAAUGUAAUGAAAAAAUAAAUACAUUUUAUUUUCAAUGCUGAAUAUUAUAGGAGUGAAUUGUUUGUGACUAGAAAUGUACUAACUGUUAUGCCUCCAUAUAUAAAUUGUAAUUCCCUGCGCAAAAGUUGCCUCAUUGGAUAUAUGAUGAGGCCUGGAAAGUCCAUGGCGUACUCCUUGUUAUGGCUUUCAGAGUGAGGAAAAUCUAGUAAUUUUGCAAUGAGUUUCCAUAUCUAUAAUAGUUUCACUCUGAUGCCACAGAAAACCGGAGAGUCUAUAUAGAUAAUCAAAAUAUCAUAGUAAUAAAUAUAAGUAUUAUUACUAGCAUAAGUUUGAUAGACUAGUACCUGUGUUUUAAAAAGACUAAGAAUAUAUAGAAAGUGCCAAUCAGAAGAUUAUUAGUCAAGUAACAACCUAGCAUUUUUUUUUUAAAUGUCUUUAUUUUUGCAUGGAAUAUGGGUGUUGCUAAGAAGGCCAGCAUUUGUUAUCCAUCUCUAAUUGCUCUGGAACUGAUUGUCAUGCUAGGCCAGUUAACAAUCCACCACAUUGCUGAGGGCCUGGAGCCGCAUGUAGGCCAGAUUUCCUUCCCUAAAAGACAUACCCAGAGGUUUCCUGCAAUAAUUUCAUGGUCUCCAUAAGUGAGAAGGGGUCUAUAUUUCGGAUUUAUUAAUUGAAUUCAAAUUCAGCCAACUGCUGUGAUGGGAUCCAAACCCAUUAGUCUGGGUCUCUGGAUUAUUAGUCUAGUGACACCAUUAUGCUGCCAUAUCCCUCUAUUUUUAUAUUUUUGAAAAUUAUUUUGAGGAAGUUGCUAAACAAAAGUAUCACAGCUAUUUCCAUGAUAAAUUAAACUUCCCCACAAUUCAUUACUACACUUGAAUUUCUUC